AUGGUACUUACGGAUUAUUUUAUACCUUCAACUAGUUUCACUGUUGUUAAUGUGACAGGAAUGCAUGAUAACUUACUGAACAAUACAGUAACAAACCAGUUAUUUACUCCACAAGAAAUGGUUUUUGGGGAUUUUUUAGUCAUUAUCGGGGGCGUUGCUUAUGCUGCAUCAAAUGUUCUACAACAAUAUUUGAUUUUAAAAUAUGGUAUUACUGAAUUUCUUUGUUGUGUUGGUUUAGUAGCAUCUGUUACAACAUUGGUUUACACUAUUAUUUUUGAGCAACAAGCUGUCAGUAUAGUAUUCCUAAGUGUCGGCAAGGCAAAUUUAGGUGAAGUUAUUGGUUGUUUCGUUGGCUAUGCACUGUCAAUGUUUCUACUUUAUUCACUGAUGCCUUUUGUGCUAGCACGCUCAUCUGCUGUUCUAGUUAACUUAUCUCUACUCACAGCAGAUAUUUAUGCUGUGCUAAUGGGCGUUUACAUAUUCCAUUACGGUUUCCAUUAUUUAUACAUCCUAUGUUUCUUGGCUAUUUUGUUUGGUGUGUGUUUGUUCAAUGUACGUUUACCAGUUAUUGUCGAUAUUAAUAAAAGGCAGACAUCAAGUUUCUGUCAGUCGAUUCUACGUAGGCGACGAAGGCUGGAGUCUAAUAAACAACAUUUCGACCGUCAACAGAUUGGAUAA